UCCCUCCACAAUCAGUCUCAACAACCUGCCGUCAACGAGUACCUAUUUAUCGAUUUAUAACUAGUCUGUGAAUUUUUUCCUGGAUCCAUCGAGGCAGGAAAUAUGGCUCCGCUCGAGCUGAACGCCUUAAUAGCUGCUCUCCCUGAGCAUGAGAAUGGCUGGGGACCUCCGGCCUCUAUCGAAUCAACGCUGAAUGAAGUUCCCUAUGCCCCUUACUCAAAGGGGGAUAAACUUGGUCGCAUGGCGGAUUGGACAACAGAGGGUGGAAAGGAUGGGCGGGAUCAGAGGGGUGGAAGACAAGGCUACAACAGAAAUUACAGAGAUCAGCAAGUAUACGGAGCCGGAACAUCAAGUCUGUUCUCCUAUCAACAUGCUGAAGACGAAGCUUCCUUCUCCGUAGUUGAUAAUCAACGCACCAGCACAAAGACUCGCACAGGUUUCGGCGGCCGCAUGACAACUUUCCGUGGCCGCGGUCGCGGCGGCGCAGGUGCAGCGGGUGGAGAGCUGGCGAUCGCAGUCGUUUCGACAAUCGUGGUGGAAGGGGAGGUCGUGGCCGCCGUUUCGGCUGGAAAGACUACGACAAGCCACAGCGCAACCGUGAUGCCUCGGUGGUUGUCAAGCCUGAAUGGAGGAUGCUCGAGGAAAUCGAUUUCAACCGCCUGGCUAAGCUCAAUCUUGAGACUGAUGAGGGUGAAGAUGUGGACAACUAUGGAUUCCUAUAUUGUUACGACCGUAGCUACGACAAAGCUGCCGGUACUAAGCCUGCCGAGCGCAAACUCGUUGUUCAAGACCGAGUAGUAUUCAACCCGACCACGACUGAGGACCCCGUGAUUCAGCAACUUGCGGAGAAGGAUGAGGCUACAAUAUUCGCCACAGACUCUGUAUUAUCGAUGC